AGGAAUGCAGUCCAUACCGAUGUGAUGCUGCUGCUCUAAACGCCAGUCUCACUCCCUGCCAGUGCCACUGCAAGUCCACGAUCCAGACAUUACAGGAGUGUUGCACCGCGCAAAACAUUUCAGUAGCGUGUCUGAUGGAAACGGAGCCCGCCAGACAUGUGCGCGAACGUUCUCGGCGCGUUGAAAAGCCUGUUUAAGAAACCCUUUGAUGGUGGGAAGAGGACGAUGGAUCAUGGCAGUCAACAGCCACAAACUCAGCAGAUGCCAGGACCCUUCCCAGGUUAUUCACGUCCCCAGGGCCCCUACCCCGGGCAGCACCCAGCCCUGUUACGGCUAGAUGAGGUGCAAAGGGAGAUUGCCACCCUGGGCCCACAGGUGUGCUCUUACAGUGGCUUGCAGAGCGACAGAGAGUACAAACGACUGGAGCGAGAGCUGACCCGAUUGCUGCUGGAGGUCGAUCAGGUGGAGACGGAGGGCCGGCCGGAGCUUCAGCAGGCUCGGAAGUGUGCGGCAGGAGAGGUGGAGGGUCUGCUUCGCUACCUGGAGGGUAAUGCUACGCAUCCGUCUCGGCUGGCCAUUGAGGAACUGACCCAGGAGGCACAGUGCUUGCUGAAUGAAGGGGUCGUAGGGCCGUUCCGACAGGGCCAGGCUCAAGAUGCCUUUGAGAUCAGUGAGGAGCUGGUGGAGGCUGUGCAGGACGUGGCCAUGCGGCUGGCUCAGGUUAAGACGGGAGGGAGCGUUCCUCUCCGAAAGGCCCGUUACAAAGCAUUGACAAGGAUCUGUGCAGUACAGGAAAUACUGGAGGGUCGUGUACGCACUCAUACAUUGGCGCUGCCAUUGUCAGAUGACACACACGAGGCUGUGCAGCGUAUUAAUCAAGUUAUGUCCCAGUUGAGUGGAGCCCGGUGCCAGGAGGUGGCUCUGCUGAUGGGUCUGAGCGGGCGUGAUAGCUGUGCCCACCUGGCGAGGAUCCUUACUGAGCUGUUGGUGGAACUGGACGCCCUGGAUGUGUCUAGUGAUGCUGCAGUGAGGAACUACAGAAAACAAGUGGUGGAGGAGAUCAAUGGUCUGCUAAAACAUCUUGACCUGGAGGGAGAAGGAGAAGAAACACGCAGGUAUGAUCUAGCGCAGAAUGACUCGAUCCGUGAAAUCGAGGCGAUCAGGGGCCGUGUUUCAGAGCUACGGGAGGAGGUGCUCCGGUACGGUGCUUCAGGACAGGGGACGGAGCUGCAAGCUCUCCUCACGCACCUGGAUCAAGUGGACACAGGGCGAAAUCCCUGCAUUCGGGAGGCACGGCGCAGGGCCGUGCUGGAAGUUCAGGCUCUCAUCACCUUCCUAGACCUCUGGGAAGCCCUCGGACGGCGUAACCCUGAAGCAGACGAGCCUCUGUCUCAUGCGUCUGUGUGGCGUGUCUUAGCCAGCCUGUGCGACCUGCAGGCUCAGGUUUUGGGCUUUGACGGCAAGAGGGCUGACAAGAGCUACAUGGUAUUGGAAGAGCUACUAACCAAACAACUACUGGCUCUUGAUGCUGUGGACCCCCAGGGCGACCAGGGGACCAAAAUUGCCCGUAAGCAAGCUGUUAAAUACGCCCAGAAUAUCCUUAAUUACCUGGAUAUGAAGACAGAUGAGUGGGAGUACUGAGAGGCCAAUAAAAGAGUGAGAAUAAGCAAAAGCUUUUUUUGCCUCUUGUGCAACGUAUGAGGACACGGUCGUGCUGAGGAUACAGUCCACAGGCGGAAUUCUUAAUUUGUGUAUAAAAGACUUUGUGUAUUGCUGUGGGCAGUUAGACUGUUACCCAUGAUGCACUGCACCUGCUGCUUUUAUUGGCCCAUUACUGGUCCCUGAAAACUGCCUUUCUUCUGCCAGAAGGAAAUGUUGUUUCUAAUCCACAUGAAUCAUUUGUUUUCAUGACAAUGACCCAUUACGAUCUUUUUAGUUGAGUCUGUG